UUGUUAUUUUUUCACAGCACACUAAUAAAAAUGUUGAAUAGAAAUAUAUAUAUGAAACCCAGCCAUCUUGUUUCAUAUUUUUCUUUAACUUUUUUUUUUACUCCAUCUUUAUAGUAAUUUUUAGCACUACUUUUAAAAACUAUAAAAAUGAAGUUCCUUGCAUCUGCUCUUUUCCUCACUGCCUUGGCUGCUGCCCAGACUUUGACCAAUACUGAAAACAAUCCUGAGGGCUGCUACAACGACUCAAUCGCCCCUUCAUGUCCCAUAGGCAGGGCCUGCAUGACUGUUCAAACUCCUGUAUUGGUCUGCCCUUCAAAAUGCGGCAAUAAUGUGCCAGCUGGUUGUACCAAGCGCUGCAAGCCCUGUCAUACUGAGGUCUGCGCUGAAGUUUGCAUUUGCGAGCAUAUUUGCCCGCUAAAGUAAGGUUUUCAGUUUGGCACCAUCAAUUUUUAUUGCUUUUUUUGCUCACCGAGAUAUAUGAAUUAUAUUCUUAAAGUUAUAUAACAAAAUUCUUAAAUUUUACCGUAUUCUCAGAAUAAAUUUACACAUGGCCUCUACCAGCGCAAUCGUAAAGUAUAUACAAUGUUUAUAAUGUUAUAGGAGGGGGUGUGAGGAGCACUAGUUACCUUUUAUAAAAUCGCCCCUACCUUUUAACACUAGGCAACUAGUGCGCCUCACACCCCCCUCCUACUAUAACAAUAAUGUAAUUAAA